UUCCCUCUAAAUUCUGUCAUCCUACGAAACUCCAAAACAACAAGAAAUCUAAUCAACCAGACACAAGCAGCAAUCACUCACUACUAUUCUGCUACUAAAAAUGGCAGCUUCUUCUUCAAUGUCAAUUGCUGCCGCUGCAACCACCACUCCAUCAAAUCCCCUGCUUUUCAAUUCAAGAAACUUACCCUUUGAAUGUUCUUCAAUUUCAAUUCCACCACCAAGACACAAACUUUUUACCCUCACAAUAAAACCCCACCUUUCUUUUUCAUCUCCCUUCAUUUGCUCCUCUUCUCCUGUCAAUCUUGAAUUCUCACAAGCCACAGAGCCCCAAGAAGCAGAGGAUGAAGAAGAAGAGCAAGAAUUUGAUGAAUACGAAGAAGAAGAUGAUGAUUAUGAUGAUGAUGGAGAUGAUAGAAUUGAGGCACAUUCAGCUGAAGCUGGGAGAUUGUAUGUGGGUAAUUUGCCUUAUGCUAUGACUUCUUCUCAAUUGGCCGACAUUUUCGCUGAAGCUGGUCCUGUUAAUUCUGUGGAGAUUGUGUAUGAUAGAGUUACGGAUAGAAGCCGCGGAUUUGCGUUUGUGACAAUGGCAGGUGUUGAAGAAGCUAAAGAAGCUAUUCGAAUGUUUAAUGGAGCUCAAGUUGGAGGACGAACAGUGAAGGUGAAUUUUCCAGAGGUGCCAAGGGGAGGUGAAAGAGAAGUCAUGGGACCAAGGAUACAGAGCAGCUAUCAAUCAUUUGUGGACAGCCCUCACAAGCUAUAUGCAGGAAACCUCAGCUGGAGCGUCACUUCACAGAAACUUAGGGACAUUUUUGCAGAUCAGCCAGGUCUGUUGAGUGCUAAGGUCAUAUAUGAUAGGCAAUCUGGAAGAUCUCAAGGCUAUGGAUUUAUCACUUUUGAAUCUGCUGAGUCGGUGGCAUCUGCCCUUAAUGAACUUAAUGGAAUGGACGUUGAAGGUCGGAUCAUGAGAUUGAAUAUGGCUGAAGACCGAGCUCGACGAACUCCUCCACCAACAGUAGAGAGAAACUUCUGAAUAUUAUACGGGCCAUGAUGAAUUGCAUUGAAGCCGUAAACAAACUCAUAACUUACAAUGCAGCUUGGUCGUUGCAACUCUUCUCACCGUUAUGUGCGUCCUUCUGCUAAAUUGCCAUUUUCAGUGCCUAAUGAUACUUGAAUAGCAGGGAAGCUUGUACCUCAGAGCUGAGUAGUUGUCUAGUUUGAGGAUCAUCGUAGCUUAUAAGUUGCCAAACAGUUUACAGGCUUAUAAUCUCUUGGUAAAUAGUCCAGCAGGGUUAUUUUGGUGCCGUGCUUGAAGCCAGAAGCCCAGACUGUGUGAGUAUAAUUUUCUUGAACUUGUGGCGCCUCAUUUUACAAAAGCUUAAUUUGGAUGUAA